AUGUUUGAGAGCCAUGCAGCAGUAUGGCGUACGUUGAAGAGGCCCAUGGAGUUUGAGGCGGCGCUGCUGAGUCCCGGCUCCCCGAAGCGGCGGCGCUGUGCCCCUCUGCCCAGCCUGGCUCCUGUCCUUAGGACCCCGGAGGCCGAGCUGCCGCCACUUCAGACACAGAUCCCACCGCCGGCUCUGCAACAACAUACCUCGCCCGGUAGCGAGCGAUGCCUUCCAACUCCGGAGCAAAUUUUUCAGAAUAUAAAACAAGAAUAUAGCCCUUACCAGAAGUGGAGACAUUUAGAAAUUGUUCUUAAUCAGAGUGAAGCUUGCACUUUGGAAAGUCAUCCUCACCCCUCAGCAUUCACAGCACCUAGUUCUCCAGGUUACUCCUGGAUGAAGAAGGACCAGCCCACCUUUACCCUCCAUCAAGUUGGAAUAAUAUGUGAGCGUCUCUUAAAAGACUAUGAAGAUAAAAUUCAGGAGGAGUAUGAGCAAAUCCUCAAUACCAAACUAGCAGAACAAUAUGAAUCUUUUGUGAAAUUCACACAUGAUCAGAUUAUGCGACGUUAUGGGACAAGGCCAACAAGCUACGUGUCCUGAAGGUUUCUUGCAUAUCUGAGUACCAGGUUUGACCUCAAGAGAUGGCUGCUGUACACUUUUUGCAACUGGUUUGAUAUCACAUUUCAGCUCCAACUUUGCAUUCUGAGAACACUUAAUUGUUUCUGCAGGUCCGUUUUAUACAA